AUGGAACCGAUUUCAGCGAUUGGACUCAUAGCCAGCGCCCUGAGCGUGGCAGAGAUUGCGGCAGUGGUUGGUAGGGGCUGUCGGCACUUGCAAACCGAGUUCAAUGGUGCUCUUGAGCACGUAGACAAUAUCUCCCAGCAAACCAGCAACAUCGACCUGGCGAUCCGAGAAAUAUGCUCAAUCGUUGAUCAGCGACCUCAGACAUUUCCCUCCACAUUCGAGGGACACCUCGAUGAUUCAAUAUCUGCGAUCCACAACAUUGUCAAGCAAAUACAAGAUCAUGUACAUUCGGUCAAGACAGAGGCCGAAACGUCUCAGAGCCGGGCAAAGUUGAGGCAUCUGCGCAAAUCAAACCAGAUCACGGAAUGGAGGACCACUUUGGGGGUGCAGAUACAAGCAUUGAUGCUGUUGCUCCAAGUAGCUCAACUACACUCGAAUGAUGAGAGGAAAACAGUCCUGGAGAAUGCCUCUAGCAAAAAAUUGUUUGAGAAAGCCUCGUCCAUGUCGGCCAAGCUAACCAAGUCUUGUCGUGAGCUCGACCGCAAGGAGGAGUUCACAAAAUUUCCUUUCGAUCCUAUCUUGUUGGAGUCGAAAGUUUACCGUCGUGUAUGCGAAUCUUCUUGGAUCCGAGAAGUGAGCACUUCACUUCAAGACGGCAACGAGUCCAACAGCGACGGCCCUGACUCAGCCAUGUCCGUCUCUUCCAACAGCGCAAUUGCUAGCGAAGGAGACUGUGCAAGCUCAUCCGCAAGUUUUGAUCUCCCUGGCAAUGAACCGCGCAUACCAGAGUGUCCCAACUCUACGGACUUCAGUCCGGAUCCUCCAACGCUCGAGUUAUCGGCGACCAACUCGUCCGAACAGACUGGAGAGUCAUCAAGAACAAACCCGACAAGAUCGACGAUGGCUACCACAGUAUCAGUCUUUGACGAGUUACCGAACACUGGGAUAGACACCGAGAAGGAUGACGAGGACCAUCAUUUGGACAAAUCUUCCAUGAUCUCGGUAGUCGUCGAGGGGGUUGGAACGGAAUCCAUCCGACUUGUUAUUGAUGAAGCAUCGGAUCACUACGAAAAGAUCCAAGAAGCAAUUCUUCGUAUCAGAGAUCGUGUGCUCCUGGCUGGAGGUAUCGAACCCGGAACGUACUGCGGAGUCUGCGUCAGUAAAACCAUCGAAACAAGUGGCCAGUCUGACGUGCAUCGGUUCCCACUCACCCCAGAAUUCCUGGCAUACGCAACGAACAAGGUGGUGGACGGCUUCUAUGAAGGUUUUGGCAUCCUGUUUGCCGGUUGGGACAACAAGCAGUCCUUCGCCGUCAAACGCCUUCACAGCCAUUCGAGAACCAAAUUCAGCAAGGAAAUCGAGAUUCUGAAAGCUUUCGCCCGUGCGGGGCACCCGCAUCUCAUCAGGCUCCUCACGACUUACACUUGGCGUGGCCAUGACCACCUUCUCUUUCCUUGGGCUGAAGGAAACCUGCAAGACUUCUGGAGAUACUGCCCAGAUCCAGCUGCCAUUAAAGAACCUAAAGCUGGAUUGGAUCUCACACGCAGGACAUUAGAGCAAUGCCUUGGACUUGCUGACGCCCUGAAACAUCUUCAUCUCCUUCUCAAACUGCAGAACAGAAUUGAAGUGGAGGAUACAUGUGACACGAUUAAUUAUGGGCGACAUGGGGACAUCAAACCACAGAAUAUUCUAUGGUUCCAUCACAAAGACGAUAACGAAGACAAGAGUAUCCUGAAGAUUGCUGAUUUUGGACUCGCUAAGUUCCACAGUUCAAGCGUCGACCAAAACGGCCGCGAGACAAGGGGUGGCACGGAGACAUAUGCAGCACCAGAGCUUAAGCACCACCCCCCGGAGCAUCGUCUGUCUUCGGCGUACGACAUCUGGUCUCUGGGGUGUGUGCUGAUGGAGUUCGCAUGCUGGAUAACCGGCGGGAGGGACCGCCUGGGCGACUUCAAGGAAUCAAGGCCUGGAUCCACAUCUGUCGAAGGGAUUGGGUCGAUUCUUUGA